AUGCCAAGCAUACUGGAAGGCCUCCUCAUUUUUAUAGCAGUUAGUGAAUCAAUACUGGGAGUUUUAGGGAAUGGAUUUAUUGGCCUUGUCAACUGUAUUGACUGUGUGAAGAACAAAAAGUUUUCUAUGAUUGCCUUUAUUCUCACUGGUUUAGCUACUUCCAGAAUUUGUCUGAUAUUGAUAAUAAUUACAGAUGGUUUUAUAAAGAUAUUCUCUCCAGAUAUGUAUUACUCUGGUAACCUAAUUGAUUAUAUUAGUUACUUAUGGGUAAUUAUCAACCAAUCAAGUAUUUGGUUUGCCACCAGUCUCAGCAUCUUCUAUUUUCUGAAGAUAGCAAAUUUUUCCCACCAUUUUCUCUGGUUGAAGGGUAGAAUCAAUAGGGUUCUUCACCUUCUGAUGGGAACCUUGUUUAUUUCAAGGUUAUUUACUUUUCCACAAAUUGUGGAGAUGAUUAAUGAUAGUAGAAUGAAGAGUGGAAAUACAACCUGGAACCUCAACAUGCAGAAAAGUAAAUUCUUUACUAAGCAGAUUUUGCUCAAUCUAGGAGUCAUUCUUCUCUUUACACUAUGCCUGACUACAUGUUUCUUGUUAAUCAUUUCCCUUUGGAGACACAACAGGCGCAUGCAGUUGAAUGUCACUGGACCCCGAGACCCCAGUACAGAAGCGCAUGUGAAAGCAAUGAAAGUUUUGAUAUAUUUUAUCAUCCUCUUUAUCUUGUAUUUUAUAGGCAUUGCCAUAGAAAUAUCAUGUUUCACUCUGCCAGAAAACAAAUUGCUGUUUAUUUUUGGUAUAAUGACCACAGCCAUCUAUCCCUGGGGCCACUCAUUUAUCCUAAUUCUAGGAAACAGCAAGCUAAAGCAAGCCUCUUUGAGGGCCCUGUGGCAAUUCAAGUGCUCUGAGGCGGGGAGACUGCUCACAGCUGCAUAGACCUGCGUGGGGAGAAAUGGAAGUUCUAGGAGAAUAAUCUAG